AUGUCUGAGUCAGUGGGGUUGACUCAAGAGAUCGAGAUGGCGAUGGACGCCGACUAUCCGGAUGGAGCACAUCUCCAAGCCUCAUCGCCCGAAGUGCAACCGCCCGAAAUCGAUGCGCCUCCUGCGAAGUUCCGUGCGUUUUCCGAUGUGCAGCGCUCUGCCCAUCUCGCUCCUCCUCCUCCUGAUGUUCGACCUGAACAAGCCAAAUCACUCUUGGAUGUAUGGAAGAACUAUCGCACAUGGGGUAGCAACAAUUAUCCAAAUCUUCCUGUCCAUGUUCGCACAAUGAUGGAGCUCAUGAACUGCAUCGCAUCCAUGAAUGUUUCCAACUACCAAAUGUCGACGAAGCAGAAGCUUCUUCUCAUUAUGCUUGUUGAUGGUGAACACUGGCGUGCACAUGAUCGUCAAAUGUUCUACUAUGAGAAUGGUGUGUGGAAGAUGAAGCCGUCUCUCACCAUCGAAGUCUGGGAUCUAUUUCUUGCUGUUGAAGGUUUGUUGUUGACCGUCUCGAAGCACUUCGAAGAUCAAGAAGGAGAUGCAAGACCAGCAUGGAAUUGGAAUGCUAUUCGGGAUGUUGUCUCUAAUACGAUCCAAGGACAUGUCCAUGACGCUCUCCAUUUCUUCGGGAAUGUGGCCAAAGAAGCAAGUGACCAUCCGCGGCAAGUCACAUCCAACAAGGCAUGGAAAGCACUUUGUCUUCGUCGAUGUGCAGACAUGCUAGCUUCAUUCCGAGUGAAUUGGGAUUCGAACAAGGUCCAGUCACUCUCAAAGCUUUUUCUUCUUGAAUGGGAUACUCCAUUGCCAAAGUCACAGGGUGUUUGCUUCAGAGACGUGUACUUGGAUGCAGAUUGGAAACCUGCAAGCAAAAGCCCGUCCAAUGACUGCUACAUGCAUGUGGACUAUGCCUUCUACAUAGAAAACCUCUUGCAGGAGUAUCCGAACAUCAAUCUCCAACAGCAUCAAGAAGGAUUGCGUUUGUUCUUGGAGUCGCUCUACUUUCAAAACGAACAUAUCUUUCAAGUGAAACUUUGUUUUUUACAUGCCGCAUUCAAAAAGGCUUGCACUUCAAAGAUGAUCUUCGAGAUUGGCAAAGGCGGCGAUGGCAAGGGGAUGGAAGCUUAUCUUGAUCGUGCUGUAUUAGGUGAAGAUCAAUCUGCAACUUUGGAUUGUGGCGUGUUCUUGGAUCGACAGGAGUUCCGCAAGUCUGCCGAGUUCGCAUGGAACAAGGCGAAUGUGCGUAUCCAGGAACUCAACUUUGAGAACAUCCCGACCAUCGAGGAGUGUCGAGAUCGACUCCAGGCUUGUGAGCAUCUCAAGCGUCGCAUCGUUUGCUUUCGUAUGGGGAAGGCUCGCUUCGUGCUUGACGACCAUGCAGUGAACUAUGAACACGGGGUUUUCCGUCUCAUUCCGCAAGAUGAGCUGGUCCCUUUCUUGACACAUCCUGCAACGGCUUCAUGUUUCUUUCGAGAUUGGUGCUUGCCCUUCUUUCAGGAAAACUCUUUGGAUGAAUGUUUGAAAAUGAUCCUGGAUCUUAGCCAUGUACAUGAGGACUUGGUCAACGACACCAAUUGGUUGGCUUCUCGCUUGUCCGACAACGACGAAUUGAUCACGAUCGUGCAUCGGAAAACGCCCAUGAAGACAUUCAUCAAGGAGUAUCUCAUUUCAAAGGUUGAAGAUAUUCCAGGAGCUGUGCAGUCUACCCGUGGUCGACGAACCAAGUUGCAGUUCUUUCUUUCUGCCUUGGACCACUCCACCAUCAAACUCUUUCGUCAACAUGAUCAGCAUGCUUUCGAGAAACUCUUGGUGGAUUGGGCUUCUUUGGCUGCAGCUAUGGAUGCUCAUGGUGGUGCGCUUGCUUUCGGUCAGUGGAAAGAUUGGGGCUGCACCUUUGAUCUGCGGCAUCUGCAGCAAGAAUGGGAGUCAAAUCUCUUUGUGGACUUGCAAAAUGAAUUUCAAGGAAAUGUCACUCAUCACGGAAGUCUCUCAUCUCAAAUCCGGCCGACUGUAGCAACAUUGCAGGAAACAGUGGACUUGGAGGCUUUGCAAGCCUACUUGGAAAGUGGCUCAGACAGAAGGACUUCGCAGCUUCGGGCCUAUGUUGAUCGUCAUGCUUCUGAAGGAGUUCGCGUGGGGCGCUUUUCUACUAUCUCUGUCGAGUACUACAAGGCCCCCAAUUAUGGUCGUUUACUUGCUCGUGGCCCUGCUGCACAAAAACUCACUCGAGAAGCUCGUGGAAAAGCCUUCCCCCAUGCCAUUGAGAUUGAUGCAGCUUGUUGCCAUCCUUGUCUUCUCUUGCGAAAACUUCGAGAUAUGGGAUUGGACGAGGCAGGUAGUUUCCAGAUGCUUCGUCUCUUCUGUGAGAACUACAAGUCAUGGCGGUCAGUUUUGGCUCAGUAUCUUUGCGUUGAUGUCCAGGGGGCAAAAAAGGAACUUAUCCGCAUCUUCUACGGUGGCAACCCGCGUUUCGAUAUUCCAUGGCUCCGCAAGCUUGGGGAAGAAGUUCAGGCAGCUGCUCAUCUGAUUCUACAAGAUCACAGACAUACUCAUCUUUCUGAUUUGUACAAUGAUCGCAGACAUCCUGAAUUCAGUCGGCUUUGUUCUUUGCUAUCAUUCGAUGAAGCUGACCUAUUGGACACCAUUCGGACCCAUGCGCAUGUGAAAAUGGAGGUUGCUCUCUUUGACGGAGGCAUUGUGUCGUGCACAUUUGUGCAAGAUCUCUUUUGGUUGCAUCGUGCUUGCGCAGAAACUUCCCACAACAUCAUCCCCGUCGAGAUCAAAAGUGAGCCGCAAAGUAUGAAGACUUUCUUGCAUAUGUUGGUGUGCAAGAACAUCGUGAACAUGAUGGAAGUCGAAAUUCCUUCCACUCCGGCAAACUGUUUGCUCUUUGCUGUUCAAGGUGUUGCACCUCAUGUUGAUCUCAGUAGUUGGCGCCAAGUUUUGCAAGACAAGCCAGAGUCCUCGCUUUCCGCUCAUCAAUUCAAUGAAGCUUUGGCAGAUGCAGACUCUGCAGCCGACACUGCUUGGCAAUUGCAUUGCAUCUCCAAGGAUGAGUUGCUCUCCGUUGUCCCAGCGCACCCGAUCCUUCCUUUGUCAUGA